AUGGUCCUCUCUGCUGCUGACAAGGCCAACGUCAAGGCCGCCUGGGACAAGGCUGGAGGCAACAUUGGUGCCUAUGGCGGUGAAGCCCUGGACAGGACCUUCCUCUCCUUCCCCACCACCAAGACCUACUUCCCUCACUUCGACCAGACCCCUGGUUCCAAGGAUAUCAUGAACCAUGGCAAGAAGGUGGCCGAUGCUCUGACCCUCGCUGUGAACCACUUGGAUGACUUGCCCCAAGCCCUGUCUGCCCUGAGUGACCUGCAUGCUCACAAGCUGAGGGUGGACCCUGUCAACUUCAAGCUUCUGAGCCACUGCCUGCUGGUGACUCUGGCUGCCCACCUUGGCAAAGAAUUCACUCCUGCCAUCCACGCAUCUCUGGACAAGUUCUUGAGCACCGUGAGCACCACCCUGACCUCCAAAUAUCGUUAA